UUUUUAAAGUUUUUUUUUUAUUAAUUCAAAAUAUGAAUCAACGAUUACGUGUAUUAAAUCUUUAUAAAACGUUGUUAUAUAUGGGUCGCGACUAUCCGUUAGGCUAUAAAUACUUCAGAGACCGAUGUCAUCGGGCGUUCGCUAAGAACCAGUCGGAGACCAACACUGAGACCAUCGAUCAGAUGAUCAAAAGAGGAGAGUUUGUCGUCAAAGAAAUCGAAGCACUCUAUCGGCUGAAGAAGUACAGGACAAUGAAGAAGAGAUACUAUCCGGAAGAUGACAAACAACAACUACUUUCCAUCGAUGAUAGCACCGGUAGUACCAUCGAUAGCGAUGGUCAACGACCUGUUAGUGGUGAUAGUAAGACAUGAUUAGCUAUCAUUGAUUACAUAUUAUAGCUCUCUGUCUCUCUCUCACUAUCUCUCUCUCUCUCUCACUGUCUGUCUCUCUCUCACUGUCUCUCUCUCUCACUGUCUGUCUCUCUCUCACUGUCUGUCUCUCUCUCUCUCUCACUGUCUCUCUCUCUCACUGUCUGUCUCUCUCUCACUGUCU